CAUGAGUUGCCAAACACCGCCAAUACGACAUAUAAUCAAUAGCUAUCCCAAAAUAUCACACGCAAAACAAGCAACUCCCAUUCCUUGUCACUUUCUUUGACAAAACAUAGAGAUACACAACAUAUUAUAUAUAUAUAUAUAUAUAAUAUGGGACCGUGUCUGAAGGUGGCGGUGAUCGGAGCAGGUGCGGCGGGGCUCAUCGCCGCCCGUGAACUUCAAAGAGAAAACCAUCGAGUCACGGUCUUCGAAAAGGCCGACCAACUCGGUGGAACAUGGGUCUACAACCCACAAGUCGAGACCGAUCAACUCGGCCUCGACUCAAACAGAGAGAUCGUUCACAGCAGUCUCUACUUUUCGCUUCGCACCAAUAUCCCUCGACAGCUCAUGGGUUUCACGGAUUACCCGUUUGGCAUCCGAGAAAAUGGAGAUCAAAGGAAUUUUCCCAGGCACGAAGAGGUGUUGAGAUUUCUCAAUGACUUUGCGAGGGAAUUCGGAAUCACUGAGUUGAUUCGGUUUGGAACUGAAGUCGUCCGAGUUGAGAGGGUUGACUUGAGGAAUAAUGAGUGGGUUGUUGAGUCAAGGACGAGUGAGUCGAGUCGGGAAGAGGUGUUUGAGGCAGUAGUGGUUUGCAAUGGUCACAACACUCAACCUCGACUGGCCAAUCUUCCAGGUAUUGAGAAAUGGCCUGGUGUGCAAGUGCACAGUCAUAACUAUCGUCAUCCAAAGCUAUAUCAAAAUCAGGUAUGUGAUUGACUAAUAUGCUUUUGAUUGUAGGGGAAAUUUAAAUCAGUAUUAUUAUUGUUA